AUGAUGGAGCCUCGGCGGCGUUGUCUCCUUCUCGAUGACUCGGAUGACGAAGUCAUCAUUCCAACUGUUCCUGUCCCGGGCGAGAAGGCGGAGACUGAAGGGAAGAGGAAGGGGCGUCGAUUGGUUAUGGUGGGAGCCAACCUAGCGACUGCUAGCUCAUCCCAAACACGUCUGGCCUCGUCCCCAGCUGGCAAAGUGAAAGCGGUCUCCAAGUUGCAGGCGAGUGUUGCGCCGCCUAGGAAGAAAGCGACCAAAAAAAUAAAGGGAUCGCUAAAGUUUCCCUCAAAGCUGCCGAGAAAAUGGCUGAUGGGGAUGUUGACUCCCAGGAAGGAAAACGGCCCUCGAAACUGA